CUCCUCCUCCUCCUCUUCCUCCGUGUGUGUGUGUGUGUGAGUGUGUGCGUCGGGAGGCGUGCAGCAUGUUGUCACAGAUCCACUGAACGCUGUUUUAUUUUCUGCCCAACUCCCAGCAGGGUGCAGAGCUGCCAGCCUCAGACCCACCAUGGGUUAGACGGAGAGCCACCUAUGGAUUAUCCACUUUAUGCACUCCAGCGAGGAUGAGGGGGGGGGAGAAUGGACUUGUUUUCGCAGAGACAUCCUGACAAAGACGGGGACUGAGGGUCAAGAGCGACCGGGAUCUGCAGCCCCAAUCCGAAUCCUUCUUUUUCUUUCCAUUUCCUUUAUUUUAAUUUUUAUUAUCAAUAUAAUUCCCCGAAGUCUGCGUGAGGCAGAGAUGUUCGCAGAACUGCUGUGCGGCGCCGUGGCUCUGGUCCUGUACGUCAACACUCUGGGAGCGGAUUUCUGCUACGAUGACAGCCGUGCAAUCAAGACCAAUCAGGACCUGCUGCCGGAGACCCCCUGGACAAACAUCUUUUAUGACGACUUCUGGGGCACCUUGCUCACCCACAGUGGCAGCCAUAAGUCCUACCGACCCCUCUGCACCCUCUCCUUCCGCCUGAACUAUGCUGUGGGCGGGCUGGAGCCUUGGGGCUACCACCUGGUCAACGUGGCCCUCCACGGCGCUGUGACCGUCUUGUUUACCUCGCUGGCCCGCCUGCUGCUGGGAGGAGGACUGUGGAGCCUGCUGGCCGGCCUGCUCUUUGCUUCUCACCCCAUCCACACCGAGGCAGUGGCCGGGGUGGUCGGACGGGCCGACGAAGGCGCCGCCCUCUUCUUUCUGCUGUCCUUGCUGUGUUACAUACAUCACUGCAGGCUGCGGGGCCGCGCCGGGUCCCUGCGGCUGGCGGCGUGGCUCCUGAGCAGCUUGGCCUGCGCUGCUUGCAGCAUGCUGUGGAAGGAGCUGGGAGUGACCGUUCUGGCUGUAUCAGCGAUGUACGACGUCUGUGUUUUCCACAGACUUAAACUGCGACAGAUCGUCCUGCUUCUUCACAAGAGGAGGAACCACCACCUGCUGCUGAAUGUGCUUCUGUUGGCGCUGUGGGGGGUCGUCUUACUGGCGUGCCGCUUCUCCUGGAUGGGCAACAAGCCCCCAAACUUCUCCAACUCUGACAACCCGGCGGCUGACUCGCCGUCGCCCCUCGCCAGGACUCUGACCUUCUCCUACCUGCCCACCGUCAACUUUUGGCUCCUCCUCUGCCCGGAUACGCUGAGUUUUGAUUGGUCGAUGGAUGCGCUGCCUCUGGUCAGGAGCCUCACCGACUUGAGGAACAUCCAAACGGUUAUCUUCUACCUGGGGUUGCUUUUGCUCGGUUGGUUUGGCGUGUGGACGCACUCAACCAACAAGACCAGGGACAGCAAUGGGAAAAGUCACCAUUAUGUUAAUGGCAGGAACGGGAACAGUAACGGACACAGUUACCAGGGCAACAGCCACGAACAGGCGAGCAGCUCGCACACAGACACCAAUAAUGUUGUGACGCAGAACGGAACCAGAAGCCACUAUGAAAGCAGGACUUCACUGCCAACCACUGAGAACGUGGUGGCUUUCUCCCUGGGCCUCCUGGCCAUCCCUUUUUUACCUGCCACCAACCUGUUUUUCUACGUGGGCUUUGUGAUAGCAGAGCGGGUGCUGUACAUCCCCAGCAUGGGCUUUUGCCUGCUGGUUGCUGCGGGGCUGAGGUGCCUGCACAUCCGGCUUCGACGCAGCUCCUCCAGGAGAGCCUUGCUGUUCUGCAGCGGAGCGCUGGUCGUACUGUUUGGGGUGAAAACCGUUGUGAGGAAUCAGGACUGGCAGAACGAGGAGAUGCUCUACAAGUCAGGGAUUUAUGUCAAUCCUGCGAAGGCGUGGGGCAACCUUGGCAAUGUUCUGAAGAGCCAGGGGAAGAUGGACGAGGCUGAGCAGGCCUACAGAAACGCUCUGUAUUAUCGCAGCAACAUGGCCGACAUGCUGUAUAACCUCGGUUUGCUGCUGCAGGAAAGCAACAAGUUCUCAGAGGCGCUCCGCUACUAUAAGCUGGCCAUUGGGAGCCGGCCAACGCUGGCUUCGGCCUACCUGAACACAGGCAUCAUCCUCAUGAACCAGGGCCGCCUGGACGAGGCCAAGCGGACCUUCCUGACCUGCGCUGACAUCCCCGACGAGAACCUGAAGGACCCGCACGCCCACAAGAGCUCGGUCACCAGCUGCCUGUACAACCUGGGCAAGCUGCUGCAUGAGCAGGGCCAGCAGGAGGAGGCUAUCGCCAUGUUUAAAGAAGCAAUACAGAAAAUGCCAAGACAGUUUGCACCGCAGAGCCUUUACAACAUGCUGGGAGAAGCCUACAUGCGGCUGAACAAGCUGCCAGAAGCUGAACACUGGUACAGGGAGUCUCUGAGAGCCAAGCCGGACCACAUUCCUGCACACCUCACCUAUGGCAAACUCCUGGCUAUGACAGGGCAGAAAACAGAAGCUGAGAGGUACUUCCUGAAGGCCAUCCAGCUGGAUCCCACAAAGGGCAACUGUUACAUGCAUUAUGGUCAGUUCUUACUGGAAGAGUCGCGGCUGCUGGAAGCAGCGGAGAUGGCAAAGACCGCCGCGCGCCUCGACGGUGGCGAGUUUGAUGUGGUCUUCAGUGCUGCUCACAUGCUCAGACAAGCCAAACUCAACGAGGCAGCAGAGAAGUAUUACGGACAAGCAGCAAGUCUGAGACCCAACUACCCUGCAGCCUUGAUGAACCUCGGAGCGAUUCUCCACCUCAACGGGAAGCUACAGGAAGCUGAAGCCAAUUACCUCCGGGCUCUCCAGCUGAAACCAGAUGACACCAUCACCCAGUCGAAUCUGCGAAAGCUUUGGAACAUCAUGGAGAAGCAAGGCCUGAGGACCGCAGGCCCCUGAGAUCUCCCAUCCCGCCUACAUGCCAUCUGCACACCAGACCCGAGGAGAAUGCUGGCCUUCGUGCCCUCAUUUGGUUUUCUCCUCCAGAAGCGAAGGAGGAGACUGAGAGAGGAUAUUUGCAGAGAUGCAGCAACUGUGCUGCACAGCCCCCCCUAAUCACCUUUGAGCUCUGCAAACACCUCAGGCCUGCAGCUUUGCUCAGUGUAGCUUGCUGUUAGGAAGGGCCCUGCAUGAUAUUUGGAUUCCUCUCUGCAGAUUUAAUAUACUCACACAAUCCUUUCAUUUUUUUUUUUUUUAUUCAAGAACAGCUCAAGUUCAAGUGAGGCCACAGGUUUAUCGCUCCAGCCUGAGAAACAUGGAGGGGUGAAGGAACUUCUAUCAGAUUUUUUUUUUUUUAGUUUUUCUUGAAAAUGAAGAAAAGGAGGUACAGUCAAAUGAAGAACUGGACACAACGUUUUGAAAUCAUUCAGAUUUUCGUUCCUUGCAGUUCAACCUUCUCAGUCGGUUACGCUAAUCUAAUAAAUUACGUUUUACUCUUAGAUUACAAAAAAAAGAAAAAAGCUCCUGGUAUUGAUUCCAAAUUGUAGUAGCUGUCCUGGUAUUCAGAGGAAAGCAUGAAAAGGGAAAGCAAGGUAACUAUUGCAGCACAGUAAGAUCCUCUAAAGCCUCCAGAAGGCUGUGAUUCGCCUGUUUAAGCAAGAAUAGAAGAACAGAGUAACUUUGUGAUGACUUUAAGGUUUUAAAAUCUUCAGAAGCUGAAAGUGAACAGUUGAUCCAGCCAAACACAAAUGUUAAGCCAAUGUCCACUCUUUCGUCUCACAUGGAUCACUGCACCGUCACGCCUCGUUCAAAGACAAAUGUUUAAAUGCCUUUCUGUUCAGAUAUAGUUAUUUUAAUGUGUCUGUUUGGAUAAAUCCUAAUAUAUAGCCACCAUGUUUUUAGCAUACAGCAAACUGUAGCUCCAUUUCUGAGGAAGGUUGGCUUGUUUCAACGCAGCACACGGCGUUUCCAGUACUCCUAAAUCUGUUCUUGGAUCUACGUUGUAUAUAUUUUGUCUAGUUUUCAUAUAUUUGGUUGGUUGUCAGUAUUUUUAGUACAAAGAGCACCUUAAUUAAAGUUUGUACAGUA